AUGCGCACCCAGCCCAAUAUUAUUAUAACUGGCACGCCUGGUGUGGGGAAGACUACACAUUGCGAACAGUUGGCGGAAGAUACGGGGUUGAAGCAUUUGAGUGUUAAUGAUGUGGUUAAAGAGAAGGGGUGUCAUGAGGGAUGGGAUGAUGAGUUGAAGUCUUGGAUUGUGGAUGAGGAUAAGUUACUGGAUGAAAUAGAAGAUGAGGUUAAACAAGGUGGAUAUAUUAUCGAUUGGCACGCUUGCGAAUUGUUUCCUAAAAGCUGGAUUGAUUUGGUGGUUGUGUUGAGGGUGGAUUCGACGCUGUUGUAUGAUAGGUUGAAGACGAGGAACUACCCGGAAGCGAAGCUACAAGAGAAUUUAGACGCGGAAAUUAUGGAAGUUCUACUCGAGGAAGCGAGAGAGAGCUAUGAUGAGGAAAUUGUGGUCGAGCUGCGGAGUGACACAAGUGAUGAGGUAGAGAGUAAUGUGGAGAGGAUUGAGGCGUGGAUAAAGCAAUGGAAGAAGGAUCACGCUGAUGACGAUGAGGAUGAGGAAUGA